AAGCCGACAAAACCCGUUCUCUCAGUAGGGGACACCUUGUUUGUCGCCGCGGCCCUCAUCCAGCGUUUGCGGCGGAGUUUUCCUCGGUAAAGAAGACGGAUCGGAUUUUCAGUACCAACUAGAAAGUCCAGUUCGACCGACCGAAAUGUCACAGGAGCAUGACAACAAGCGUGCAGUCCUGGUUCUCCAGAAUGAGGCGGGUUAUGGUGGCCAGCGUCGCUCCUUCACUACAGAAGAUGAAGCCUGGAAAUCAUUCCUGGAGAACCCCCUCACAGCUGCCACCAAGGCCAUGAUGAGCAUCAAUGGAGACGAGGACAGCGCAGCAGCUCUCGGCCUGCUCUACGACUACUAUAAGGUGCCCAGGGAGAAAAGAACAAUAGCCCAGAGCAAGUCAGAAGCCCUGGUCUGUGAUGUGGAUCCCAACAAAAGACAUCAGAUCCAGGCCGGACACCCCAUUGCUCCCCUUCAGGAGGCUGGUAUGGAGAGCAGAAUCCAGGUCCUUAAGGGUCCCUUCAAUAUCCUCCAGCUGGCCCAGGACAAGAGGGCCCAGUUCCCCUCACCAGACACGACCGUCACAGUUUCCAUCGCCGCCGUGCCAAACUACCCGGCUGUAAAGACAGAAGUGCCCAGCCACGGUUUCUCCGUCACCAUACCCAACAACUGCACCGAAACCGACAGCCACGUGAGCGUCUUUGACCGCCAGCUCGCCCACAGCGCCGUCCAGUUCAGCCCCAGCACCCAGUCCCGCACGCCCCCUGACUCCACCUUCUCUGAAAGCUACAAGGAUGGUUCCCAGGAGGUGUUUUCCUUCCCAGGGGAUCUCCAGUUACGUAUGGCCUCCAUGACGCCCGAGGAGUACCCUCAGUUUGACACCGUGCCGGGGAAUAAUUUUGAGUACACCCUGGAGGCUUCCAAGUCUCUGCGUCAGAAGACCGGUGAUGGCACAAUGACGUACCUAAACAAGGGCCAGUUUUAUCCAAUCACACUCAGAGAGAUCGACAACAAAGGCAUGCAGCACCCUAUCACUAAAGUCAGGAGUGUAGUGAUGGUGGUGUUUGGAGAGGAGAAGUGCAGAGACGAUCAGCUGAAACAUUGGAAGUACUGGCACUCCAGACAGCACACAGCCAAGCAGAGGUGUCUGGACAUCGCUGACUACAAGGAGAGCUUCAACACCAUCGGCAACAUUGAGGAGAUUUCCUACAAUGCCAUUUCCUUUACUUGGGACACAAAUGAGGAGGCCAAAAUCUUCAUCUCCGUCAACUGUCUCAGCACAGACUUCUCCUCCCAGAAGGGCGUGAAGGGGCUCCCUCUGAACCUGCAGAUUGACACGUACAGCUACAACAACCGCAGCAACAAGCCCAUCCACCGCGCCUACUGCCAGAUCAAAGUCUUCUGUGACAAAGGAGCAGAGAGGAAAAUCCGGGACGAGGAGAGGAAGCAGUCCCGCCGGAAAGGGAAAGUGGCUGAGCUGAACCCCGGCCUGGCCUUUGUAGACGUCAAAGUGCCCCUCCUGCAGAAGCGCAACGAUGUGACGAUCUUCAAGAUGAUGACCGACUUCGAGACCCAGCCGGUGCUUUUCAUACCUGACAUUCACUUCUCCACCUUCCAACGCCAUCCUUUCCCAGCAGAAGAUGGAGAGGACAGCUCGGGCAUGAAGAGAUUACCAUUCAGUGACGAGGAGUUUGGUUCACCCCCAAACAAGAUGGCGAGAAUGGAGGAACCAAAGAAAGUCCUUCUGUAUGUGCGCAAAGAGACAGAGGAGGUGUUUGACGCCCUCAUGCUGAAGAAUCCCACACUGAAAGGCCUGGUGGAAGCUAUUGCAGAAAAGUACGAACUACCUUUGGAGAAGGUGGGAAAGGUCUACAAAAAGUGCAAGAAAGGGAUUCUUGUCCACAUGGACGACAACAUCAUCAAACACUACUCUAAUGAAGACACCUUCCAGAUAACCAUGGAGGAGCUGGGUGGCAUUUACAAACUCACCCUAACUGAGAUCUGAUUGGCUGGAGAAGGUGACAUCACACAGGAUGAAUAAAAUGGAACUGUCAGGAGUAGAGGUUUACACAAGUAGCUGUUCAGUCAAACCAAAAUUGUAAUUGUUCCUUUUUUAAGACAAAUAGAUGAUAAAAGACAAAGUCAAAGAGGAAUUUAAAAGGCCAUAGCUCUUAAAUUAGCAUAAAUGUCGAUCAGAUAUUCAGGUUCGACAACUGCAUUCUUUUUUAAGACACAGUUGUGCCUCAGUUAUUAGUGCCUACUUUUGUACAGCCUGUGUAGUGCUGCUAUACCUCAAGCUUUGCAUGCAGCAGUGUUUUGCCAUUUUGUGGAUUCCUCUUAGGAGAAUGGGCUUGUCUUGUCUUUCAUAAAGCCAUAGCACUGAUUAAUAUGAUCUGUAAAGUUGGGUAUUAAGAGCACAAACUAAAGACAGCUUUUUGUUGAUGGAUCCUCGAGGCUUCAGUGUAUUAAUACCAAACAACGUGGCAGUAUUUAGUGUGUAAAACUUUCUUCAACCAUCAUACAGUUAGCGUUGGAUAAUGUAAAUGUUGAUUUAUGUUUUGUUUGUCCUCUGAUCAAUUCUAAAAAAAGGGCCUCUUUGUAAGUAUUAAAAAGUGAAUAAUUAUUUUGAUAAUAAAGCUAAAGCAGCUCCCCGCCACUCUAGAGUAGAUAUCUGAUGAAAUAGGUCACUGAAUGUCUAGUGCAGUCCACACAGACUGUUCUAGGAGUGCAAUAUGAUAUUCAGCUUCAGGAAAAAAAAUCUCAUUUAUUGCCAUAUUUGAAGUGUAUAAUAAUGAGUUUUUUAAUGGACUUAUUUUUGUAAAUACAUGCUGACCAAAAGGAUUUGUGUGAUCCUCUCUUUUGUAUCAGAGUACUUAUUGUGUAUAUAUUUAUUAAGAGAAUGGAUAUGGGUUAAUGUUUUUUUUAUCAUAUAUAUCAAUAUUUCUUUUAUUCUUAUUAAUAUAAUGUUUUUUUUUUCAUUUUAUAUCAAAGCUAUUUUAACAUUAAGUGUCAAGGGAUUGAUUAACAUGUUUAUAAUUGUUGCUUUUGUAAAGGAUUUGAUGCACAAAGUGCCCAAUA